AUGGAAAACAAAUUCUUCUUUGUUUCUUUACUUGGUUUGCUGAUAGUGGCAAAUGGAGUUUCAGGAAGCAUGAUGUGUGACAACUUUGAAAUGCUUGAAGAACUCAACAAGUUGGACUUAGAGGAGGAAAUUGAGAUAGAAGAACUUUCUGACAUACCUUCAUGGACAAGCCAGCGCGGCGGAAAGGUUCUUGUCAAUGUUGAUAGCUUUGGUGCUGCUGGAGAUGGAGAAACCGAUGAUACUCAGGCUCUUCAAAAAGCAUGGGAAGUUGCUUGUUCUACAUCAAAAGCUGUUCUAUUGGUUCCACAAGGACGCCGUUACCUUGUUAAUGCAACAAGAUUCAUAGGGCCUUGUAAAGACAAUUUAAUCAUCCAGAUUGAUGGAACAUUGGUUGCCCCGGAUGAUCCUAAAAACUGGGAUUCAAAACUUCCACGCAUAUGGCUCGAUUUUUCUAAAUUGAACAAAGCUGUUUUCCAAGGUUCUGGAGUUAUCGAUGGCUCAGGAAGUAAAUGGUGGGCAGCAUCUUGCAAGAAGAACAAGACUAAUCCUUGCAAAGGCGCACCAACGGCAUUUACCAUUGAUACAAGUUCAGGUAUAAAGGUGAAAGGACUAACUAUCCAGAACAGCCAACAGAUGCAUUUUACAAUCUCGCGAUGCGAUUCUGUUCGAAUUUUAGGAGUGAAAGUGUCUUCACCAGGAGACAGUCCAAACACCGACGGAAUUCAUAUUAGUGAAUCAACAAAUGUCAUUGUCCAAGACUGCAAAAUCGGAACAGGGGAUGAUUGCAUUUCAAUUGUGAAUGCCAGUUCUAAUAUCAAAAUGAAGAGAAUUUAUUGUGGACCGGGUCAUGGAAUCAGUAUUGGAAGCCUUGGUAAAGACAACUCAACUGGUGUUGUCACAAAAGUGAUUUUGGAUACAGCAUUUAUAAAAGACGCCACCAAUGGUCUCAGAAUUAAGACAUGGCAGGGAGGUGCUGGAUAUGUUCGAGGGGUACGCUUUCAGAAUGUGAGAGUCGAAAAUGUAUCAAACCCAAUCCUCAUAGAUCAAUUUUACUGUGAUUCACCAACCACAUGUCAAAACCAGGAAUCAGCUUUGGAGAUAAGUGAGAUAAUGUACCAAAACAUAAGUGGGACUACAAAUAGUGCUAAGGCCAUUAAAUUUGAUUGUAGUGACACUGUUCCAUGCAGCAAAUUAAUACUUAGCAAUGUUGAUUUGGAGAAACAAGAUGGCACAGUUGAAACAUAUUGCCAUUCAGCUCAAGGCUUUGGAUAUGGUGUAGUUCAUCCUUCUGCUGAUUGCCUUAGUUCCAAUGAUCAAAUCUCUCAAGAUGAUGAUCAAUCUCAAUCUGUUACUUCUCAAGAUGACGAUGAUAUUCGUCACACCGAAUUAUAA